AUGGCGCUCGUACCGCGCGCGCGCUGCGCUGAUAAAUACCGCGCGUUUAGUUGUAAACCAGUGGUAUUAACUCCGAUCAAAACAGCUCCAAACGAGCCUAAAUUAAGCUUCAACGAAGUUGAAAAAUGCUCUACCGAUCUCACCAUUAACAAACAGAUAUCAGCAGGCACCAUUGGAGAGUGCCUGAGUUCGGACGUUCCUCUCAUUGGCAAUCGCGAUAAGGCGCGGGGGGCACUCACUAAAUCCUCCGGGCGUCCAAAUAAAGCAUCGUCCGCCGAGGUCCAGACGCGCGGUCGUCUCCGACCCAUAGCGCCCCGCUUUUGUCCACCGGUUGCCCCA